UCUUUUUGCCAAGAUGUAGGAUUUGUUGUCUAAAUCUUAUCUAAGACCACAUAAAAAGUCUGUGGCAGAGCAGGGACUUGAAGCCAGUUUUCCCAAUUCCUAACGUCUUAGCCACAGGACUGUCCAUGGACCGGAGGUAGUCAGUUGAUUUUUGUCAAGGUCCAGAUUUUUUUAUCAAGUUAUAGUUAAGGUCCAGACUCCAGAGAAGAAAAUAAUAAUAAAAAACCUAUAAUGAUAAGUAAAUAAAAAGAUUUGUGUGUCCAUUCAAAAAUGUCUGCCGGUCUGGAUUUGACCCACAGUCUGCCUAUUGAUUACCCCUGGUCUAUUGUAUGCGCCUUGGUGUAGGGACUAUCUCUCUUCAGGUUAAUAUAAAAAGUUUACGGUGUCACCAACUUUUUCCAUAAAGAUAAAUAUAGUAAAUGCCUGUAUUGUAGCAGGUCAAAAUAUUCACAGAAUUUAUGUGACGCAUGUAAAUAGAAUUUUUUUUAAAUUCUAAGUAACGUUUUUUGGGGCAAUCAGCUUUAAGUGUCAUCCUUUCUUAAUACAAGGGAGGAGGGUCUAAAGUAAAACCUUGUUACUCAAAAUGUAUUUGACUAGUUUGAGCAGUCUAGUUUAAAUUAUUUAAAAUACUUCAUAGUAUACUAAUAAUAGUAUUGUAUUGUAUUUUUGUACAAGAGUAGUAAGUUCUUCGGAAUAGACUGCUCUGCAGUCGUUUGAUAUUACAUAUUGACUGAGAGGCAAGAUUGUGUUUGCGAGUAACUUUGUGCUUGCAAGUAAUCCCAUUGACUUCUCAGGUCUGUAAAGUUUCUUGUGGGAGUUUUCAGGAUUUGGGCUUGCUUUCUUUUGUACUGUGCUUUAUAAGACAUCUCCCUAGCUGACAAUUAACAAAACAUAAGCAUCAUAAAUUCUUCUUCUUAAUUCAAGGUGCAUUCUCCAUGACUGUCAAGUUGCCUUGAGAUUAUAGGCAUUAAGUGCAGUACAAUGUGCCCAAUCCUAGUUUUGGCAUUUAUUUCAGUGGCAGUCAGGAUCAGGCCUAUUCACUAAUAUACCUAACCCUCAUGAGGUGGCAUUAUUCCCGUUUUGCAUAUGGCAAAACUGAAAAAGAGAUGUGAAGUACUUGUCCAACAUCAAUGACAGAACCAGGAAUGGAAUCCAAUUCUCCUGGCUCCAAGUCUAGUAUCCUUUCCACUGAACCAUGCUGCCCCCUAAAUGAAGUAUUUUACAGAUGGGAACCUAAGGCAGAGAGAUUAAGUGACUAGAUGAAGAUGUCAUAGGAUAGUUAUGGCAGAGCUGGGAAAUGAACCCAGAUCCCCUGAGUCCCAAUCCAAUAGCCUAUUCACAGAACUAUUCUGCCUUCUAAAUGGGGCUGUCAGUGUGGCAGAACAGACUCAUCUUCCAGUCAUGCACCUUUAAGAUUUUUCUUUGCAGAAGUAUAAAAGAUAAGGCCAAGAUCAGUUUAAGAAAAUAUGAUGUUGGAAACAAAUUCUCCCAUUUGCCACUAGCCAAAGCAUCUGUUCUUAUGCCUCUAAUGGUUAAAGAUGGAAAGCUGUAUGUGCUAUUUACUGUCAGAUCAAUGAAGUUGAGAAGAUCACCAGGGGAAGUGUGCUUUCCAGGAGGUAAAAGUGAGCCAACAGAUAGAGAUGAAAUAGCCACUGCUCUCCGGGAAGCCAAGGAAGAAGUGGGACUCUGUCCAGAGCAGGUGGAAGUCAUCUGUAGGCUUGUACCUGGAAUUGAUAAAGUAGGUUCGUUGGUAACACCAGUUGUAGGAUUUAUAGAGGACACAUUCCAGGCCAGACCUAAUCCAGAUGAAGUGAGUGAUGUGUUUUUGGUGCCGCUGGAGUACUUUAUCGAUCCAUUAAAGUACAUGACCUUGCCUUAUAAAAGAACAGAUGGUGUUGCAAGUUGGCUGCACAGUUUUGUAUAUGAUGACCCUGAGCGUAAAACAUCACUUAGGAUAUGGGGACUCACUGCGCACUUUGCUGUAUUUCUUGCUCUUGUAAUUUUUGAAAAGAAACCUACAUUUGACAUUCAGUAUGAUCUUGACAACUUAAUUUCAUCCUCUGAGAAGAAUUUCAUGGAGCAGUAUAUGUCGCUAUACGAGGGAAGAAGCAGCAAACUAUGAGCUGUGGGACUGGCACAUAAGUGUAAACAGUUGGUUUAAAUUAUUUUUCAAACUUUACUAUUUGAUUUUCUGAAUCAGAAAUUGUCCCGUUUUAAUGCCUUUAUUGGAUUACAAAAAAUAAAAUGCUGAUAGAUUAAUCAGCCGUAAAUAGA